GCCUAUUGUGUCUAUCGAUAAGCCAAACAUCCAACGAAUUCCACGUCACUGUCGGCUGGCACACGAAGCAAACAAAUAUCAAAAACGGACAUCGUGGCCAAACAUCGUGACAUCGACGAUUGGGUGCCCCAACAUAAUAUUGUGGCGCUCUGGGCGUGUGGAAGUGAGAGCGCAUAUCAUUAGCCGGCAAUACCUAAGCGUACGUACGCUGUGUGUGCGCAAGCGAGCAGGCAAUAAACAACAACGUGAACAAGUGGUAGUGAGCAGAAACAACAACAACAAGACGACAGAUACACUAUUACCCGUUGGAGCCGAGAGUCGUUUGCGUGGCAGUUUUUUUUGUUUUUUUGUUUCUGUGUUGCUGUUGUUGUUGCUACCGCUGGCUGUAUGUUUUGUUGUACUGCUGCGGCUGGUGGCAGCGCCGUUGUUGUUGCUGCUUGGCUCUGUUUGCCAGUAGGCCGCCUUGGCAUUCACACACAGACACACACACACACACACAGCGUUUUCGGUGAAACGUAGCCACACAUUCAUUCAGUUAGUUAGUCAGUCAGUCAGUUAGUCAGUCACUCACUUACAGGUGAGCAGCAGCAGCAGCAGCAGCAGCUAAACUAAAAGCCAGAGGCAGGCAGGCAGCAGAGGCGGCUGGACCACAGGCGCACUGGAAUAAAAAAAAAAGAAAAAAAAAGUAAAACUUUAAUUAAAAACUAAGAGUGCUUAACAAGAAUAACAAAAGGAGAAGAAGAAGGAAAAUCACAAGAAAUACACAACUGGAAGACGCCUACGUCAGCAAAUUGCAGCACAAAUUCCAAUCCUCAACUAGCCAGAAGAAACAACAACCAGAACAACAACAACAACAAGAAGAAUAACUAUGGCCAUCAAACCGGGACUCGGCCGCAAGACGAGCAACAAAAAUCCACCGAUAUUGAGCCACGAGUUUGUCAUACAAAACCAUGCGGACAUCAUCUCCUGUGUGGCAAUGGUAUUUGUUGUUGGACUGAUGAACGAAUCGACGGCAUCGUUUGCCAGCGCCUUCAUAUCGCUGCAUCAUAAUGUUAGUGGCGAGGAGGCUAGCCGGGAGCAGCCGUAUGGCAAGCCAUACACAUAUUUGGCCGGCAUUAAGGACUAUUGUGCGAUAUUCUUUUAUACGCUCACCUGCAUCAUAAUGCACGCCAUCAUACAGGAGUUUGUGCUGGACAAGAUUAGCAAGAAGCUGCACUUAUCGAAAUUCAAGCUGGCACGCUUCAAUGAAUCCGGCCAAUUGGUUGCCUUCUAUCUGCUCUCAUUCGUUUGGGGCACACAUGUGGCGCUGCGCGAAGGCUAUCUGGGCCAAGUGGCCCAACUGUGGGAGGGCUAUCCGGCGCAUCCAAUGAGUUUCCUGCAUAAAUUCUAUUUUAUCAUCCAGUUGGCAUACUAUCUGCACAUGCUGCCCGAACUCUAUUUCCAGAAGGUGCGCGCCAAGGAGGAGCAACAGCCCAAGAUAAUACAUUCCAUAAGCGGAUUCACGAUCAUCGUAUUGGCCUAUACGCUUAGCUUCCAGCGCUUGGCGCUUGUCCUGCUCACGCUGCACUACUUUAGCGAGCUGCUCGCCCACGUAUUCCAGCUGAUUGGCGUCUUUGAUCGCGAGGAGCGUCUGGCACGCGCCAAUAUUGUGAACAAUGUAUGCUUUGUCCUGGUGCGCUUUGCCACCUCGGUGAUCGGUGUGCUGACGCUCUACUAUGGCAUUGGCCGAUCUGGCGGCAGCUAUAAGGCGCGUGCGGUAAUCGCCAUGAUUGCCCUGAUCGCUCUGCAGGGCUAUCUGGUCUACUCGUUUAUUACCGAACAGCUGCGCGCCAAGCGGGAGGCGAAACGCGAGGCUAAGCUGCUGGCGGCGCAGACCAAGAAGGCGAAGGCGCCCAACAAGGAUAAGCUGAAGCGCAAGAAGGAGAGCGAUCUGCCCGAGGCCGAUCAGGCCUCGCCCAGUCCCGUCAAGCAGAAGCUCAAGUGAAUCAGCUAAGCAAGGCUGCGGCUCCAGCAAACAACAAAAUCUUCCGCACACUUCCAGACGCUCAAGCAACAAACAACAACAACAACAACAACAACAACAAACAACAACAAGAAAACGAACACGAACAGAGCAGGCUAACAGCGAAAUCCAGCAUUUGCUACACUAAACAACACAACACGUCAAAUAUUUUUAUACUGUCGCGCUGCAUUUAGAAUAUUCUCUCAGAGCGGAAGCUAUUUGUAAACCUAAAUGUU